AUGGCUCCUUCCAGCUUCCCGCAGCCAUUAAUGAAUCACGUCUUGCCUAUUAUACGGUCUAAUGCCACUCUCGCUCGCAAGGUGGGAGCAGAGUUCGUGGGAACCUUCAUCCUGAUAUUUGCGGCGGCGGGUGGGCCCAUACUGAACGAAAAGUACAACGGGGUCGAAACACUUAUCGGAAACGCUUUAUGCGCUGGACUGGCUGUGAUGAUAGUGAUAUUGUCAAUCGGUCACAUCUCCGGGGCCCACCUCAACCCAUCUGUCUCCAUAGCAUUUGCCGCUCUACGCCACUUCCCGUGGGUUGAAGUUCCAGCUUACCUUGCAGCCCAGAUAUGUGGGGCCAUCUGUGCAUCCUUUGCUCUCAAAGGAUGCUUCCACCCUUUCUUGUCCGGCGGAGUCACUGUUCCUUCUUCUUCAGUCACCACCGGCCAGGCUUUCGCCCUUGAGUUCCUCACUACCUAUUUUCUUCUCUUCGUCAUUAUUGCCCUCGCCACAGAUACCCGUGCCGUUAGUCCAUCACUAUUACCACCUUACAAGCACAGAAAACAGACACACACUCACACAGAACUUGCUUAUGUGCAGGUUGGAGAACUAGCAGGAAUAGGUAUCGGAGCCAUAGUUAUGCUUGAUAUUCUUGUGGCUGGGUCAUCCACAGGUGCUUCAAUGAAUCCAGCGCGAACUCUGGGGCCAGCUAUUGCGGCAGGAAAUUACAAGUCAAUAUGGAUAUACAUUGUGGCCCCAACGCUUGGAGCUGUUGCAGGUGCAGCUACCUAUACUCUGCUCAAACUCCGACCACAACCUGAUGAACAAGUUAGGAGCUUCCCCACAGUGUAG